CUACAUAGCUUGCAAAGAACAGCUUCGCAUCAGGAAUCACAAUGACAAUCACCAACCUACAGCAAGGGAAGAACUUCAGAGUACAAAUGUCAUGUCUGGCCAAGAUGGAACGUCUGAUCGUGGCCAUGCAGGACCCCGACGUUGGCAUCAAAAUGAGGAACCAGCGUCUUCUAAUUACAGUCAUCCCACAUGCAAUGACAGGGAACGAUGUGGUGGAAUGGCUGAUUCAGAAACUGUCCAUCAGUGAUGAAGAAUCUCUUCACCUUGGAAAUUUACUUGUUAAAUAUGGGUACAUCUAUCCCCUGAAGGAUCCGAGGAAUCUCGUUCUUAAAGCGGACGAUUCCCCCUACAGAUUUCAGACUCCCUAUUUUUGGACUACAAAUAAGUGGCCUGCCACCGAGCUGGAUUACGCAAUUUAUCUUGCCAAGAAGAAUAUAAGAAAACAGGGAGACCUCGUGGAGUAUGAAAAGGAUAAUUAUAAUCAGCUGCAUAAACGAAUUAACCACACUUGGGAUUUUGUAGUCAUGCAAGCCAGGGAGCAGCUAAGGGCAGCAAAACAGAGAAGAAAAGGUGACCGCAUUGUGAUUGAAUGUCAGGAGCAGGCUUAUUGGCUCGUCAGCAAACCAUCACCAGGUUGUUUAAAUGUGAUGGAACGUGGGCCAGAGCGUGGGAAUUGCUAUACGGGUCAGAUUCCUCUUGGCAAGAACGCAGAUUAUUAUAAAAGGGAGCUGGAAUAUUUGAAUAAAGCCAUGGCGAGAACGAGAGUGAAAUCCUCGAUCUGCCUGGAGGGGUUUCUGAAAUUUAGCGAGCAGUAUCUAGCUCAUGACCCCGUUAUGUCAGGCUGUCUCCCCAGUAACCCGUGGAUUACAGAUGAUGUCAUGUACUGGACAAUGAAUUCUCUUAUGGUACCAAUGCCCACCAAACUGCGAGUAGAUCGUUGGACUUUUAAUUUUAUGGAGCUGCUCAAUGACCAACGAGGACGGAAGGAGUUCUUGCAGUUCUUAGAGAAGGAAUUUAGUGCUGAAAAUCUUCUCUUUUGGGAAGCUUGUGAAGAGCUGCGUUACGGGGAACUCUCUAAGGUUGCAUCGACCGUACAAUCUGUGUAUGAGACGUUUUUAGCACCGGGAGCAAUACACUGGGUAAACAUUGACAGCAAGACCAUGGAGAAAACCUUAGUAAACAUAAAGGACCCCCAUCGGUUUGUGUUGGAUGACGCCCAGAUGCAUAUCUACAUGUUAAUGAAAAAGGAUUCGUACCCGAGAUACCUAAAAUCCGAUAUGUACAAGAGUCUUCUGGGUCAAGCAUUUAUUCCUCCGGAGACCAAGAAAGGCGUUUUCCCGUUUAUGAGAAGGCAGCGUCAUUCAAGUCCCAGCCCGGCAUUUAUGUUACCGCAGGGAGAAGACACAAGGACAGAGAUAGAGGGAAGAGCCAUGUCCCCCGCCGCCACAUCCCAGUUUUGCUUCUCAAACAGCCCCUUGGCUCUGUUGCCUGAAAAUUCAUUACCCGUUUGCCCUGAAGAGCGUCACUUCUGCUCCUUGCCUGGCCCCUCCUCCAUUUGCCUGGAAGCCCCUCCUAACUCCGCCCUCACGCAUCCCAGCACGAAUGGCUCUCAGAGGAAUGACUUACCUCAUGGAUGUCAGGUGUAUGUUGCGGAUCCAAUUAUUCCUCCACUGGAGAGCAGUCGGAAAAAAUCCCUGGAACGAAACACACAAAACGAAGAGGCUUCCACUGCCCUUUGAUAUAAAUACCAAUGAACUGCCUCAAUAUCCGUCAUAUCCUUCAACUUUAGUAACUACCACAAUGGUGCCUUUAUUUUGAAAACCGUGGAUGGUAUGGACUCAAAGUAUCACAGUGCACUGGGAGGAACUACGUCGGCUGAAGUCAAUAUUGGUUGCUGUUUACAUUGACUUAAAAAUCGUUCUGUCUGGUUUGAUCAUAUAGAAUUUGUUCAGAAGGUACCGGAAUUGUUGAGAACUCUGCAGCUUUCCAUAGAUAACAAGAACGUGUGAAGAAUUAGAAAUUGUGAUUGAGUGUUUGCGAGGAUUGAUUAGAAGGAAAUGAAGGGUAUGAUUCAGAAUAAAUUGAACAAUUACUCUUGCAGUGCCUGGAAUGCAUAAUCAGAUUUGAGUGUUAAAGGGGGGUUGUCACUUCCAAGGAUUUGUUCAAUGAAGUUUACCUAUCUACUGUAUUUAGCACUUAUCUUUUUGCGAGGUGUACAAAAUUAAAUAAAAUGUAGAAAUUCACACUGCUCUACCCUGGGACUGCACGCCGCCAUCUUGGCUGUAUGUCAGUAAUUGUUACAGGCUCUGCACCUGUCAGUCAGUAUGGAGAGAGGAGAAAUGAAACAAUGUUUCUCUAUAUCGUCCCCCAAUGCAUUCUGUGCCCUGGCUGUGCCAGGACUCAGCGGGAUUGUGAUGUAAUUUGCUAAAAUUUCAAUAUAGAUUUAAAAGAAAGCUGAGCAUCACCUGAAAAAAAGUUCCAAGUGAUUUCCAAUGUUUUAAUGAAUUGUGUAAAUUUUAGAGGAGAUUUGGUUCCCCUUUAAGUGUUCUGUGAGCUGCAGAGUUAUGGUAUCAGAUGAAUUUCCCAUUGAGAUUCCAAAAUGUUCAAUGGAGAUCGAGUGACAGAGGUGUUUCAGCAGCCAAGUCUUCUUCACUUCUAGUCAGGUUGUCAUCGUUCACCUAGAAAGCUCCACUGACAAAUGGAUCCACAAAACUGUGGUAAAAAUACAAACAAGUUACUAUAGGCUUAGAUCAGGAGAGCCGGAGGCGGAUAGUCCUGUAAUCCUCAAAGUGUUCCAUCUCCGCACUUUUUCUGGAAAGGUCCAGCGUUGGAUCAGUUCAAAUUAAAUUAUUUACAACACGUGGCCAACACGGUUUGCUUUGUGUACUUUUAUGGUGCUGAGCAAAGUCAAGGUGUGGUUGAUGUUAAGAUAACAUUUUUUGUAAUGUAUUGUUUAUUAAGAUGAUAGCACAAUACAGAUGUUAA